GGGUCCAACUUGAUCAAUGACAUCACACUACCUACACACAAAACAAAAAACAACAUUGUCAAAAUUUGGUACUUAAUCUUGAGUCAUGAGUCAUUCGACACACACACACCAGUCAUCCUUGAAAAGUUGUCCUUCAAAUCAGAUUCUGAACAAGAUUCAGUAUUUAUCAUAAGAAAAAAAAAAAGACACUAAUAAGAGUGUAAAAAAGAGAAAUGGGGAUGAUGGAGAUGAAAUCUUGGUCAACAGAUUUCUUUCCAUUUUUGGCAAUGAUGAUGGUGGAAUGCUGUGAAAUGGGGAUGAUUACACUUGGAAAAGCAGCCAUGAAUGAUGGACUGAGCAAUCUUGUUUAUGUUGUUUACUAUAAUGCCGUUGGUACCCUUUUUCUUCUUCCUUUCUUAAUCUUCCAUAGGCGCAGAAGCAAUAUGGCUCCUAUUACAUUGUCUAUACUGUGGAGAUUCUUCCUUCUUGGCCUACUGGGAAUUUGUUUGCUGCAGGCCAUGGCCUUUACAGGUAUUAAAUACAGCUCUCCUACUCUGGCAGCUGCUUUAGGGAAUUUGAUGCCAGGUUUUACAUUUUUGCUUGCCAUCAUUUUCAGGAUGGAGAAGUUAGAUAUAAGAAAGGCCAGCAGUCAAGCAAAAUCUGUAGGCACCAUAGUGGCAAUUAUAGGGGCAUCCAUCAUGACUCUAUAUAAAGGACCCAGAGUAUUAGGAUCAGAUUUACCCUCUGAUUCUAAUUCAUCUCAUCACUCUUUACUUUCACAAGAAUCAAACUGGGUACUGGGAGGUCUUCUCAUUACCAUUACCUGCAUCAUGUCUUCUGGAUGGAACAUUCUUCAGACAGAUACUGUGAAGAAAUACCCUGAACAAAUGACAAUAGUGUUCUUCACUUGCUUCUUUGGGAGUAUUCAAUGUGCAAUUUUAACUCUGGCAAUAGAAAGAAAUCCAGAGGCAUGGAUGGUGAAGCCUGGGAUUGGGAUGACAGCCAUUGUUUUCUCAGCGAUUUCUGGAAGUGUCUUUCGUUACAACAUAGUGACAUGGUGCUUGGACAGGAAAGGUCCUCUUUAUGUAGCCAUGUUUAAGCCCUUGGGAAUGGUCAUAGCAGCAAUUUUGGGGAUCAUUUUUCUUUCAGAUUCACUCCAUUUAGGAAGCGAAUUAUUUGUUGCAACGCUGUCGGCAGUGUUAUUGGAGCAGUUAUCAUAUCAGCUGGAUUUUACUCUGUGCUGUGGGGGAAGGCUAAGGAGGUCAAGUCCAUGCUUGAGGUUGAGGACAUUGUUUGUGGAAUUGACUCAACAAGCCCAAGAAGCCCUCUAUUAAAGAAGUAAAUUACAACAAGAAAAGCAUAAAAUAAAGUGUUAUUGGCAGGAAUCUGAGCCUGGUCCAUAUUCAAAAUUCUCCUCCCUACUGGUGGAAGAUCCUGAAAAUGGUAAAACUGCAUCAACUGGUCCUCAGUAAAAGCAAGAUUUGCCAAGUAAUCAGCCAUUUUAUUGCCUUCUCUAUAAACAUGUAUAAUUUGCAUCUGUAGUUCUUGUAUAACCUGUUUCACCUCUUCCACAAUAUCCACUAUUUCCCAAGGUAUUUUCCACACAUCUUGAAUUAUAUUCUUGAGUACCAGUGAGUUUGUUUCUAUGGUAACCUGCUGAAUCUGUUGUUGAGCACACCAUUUCACUGCUUCUUGUAUUGCCCUGGCUUCUGCAAUCAUGUUGGUUGUUGUUCUCAUCUGCUGAGCUUGUGCAAAAACCAGAUAUUCUCUAUCAUCCCUAACACAAAAGCCAUAAGAGUUGUUCCCUAGAUUUCCUUAACUAGCCCAAUCUGUGUUACACUUUCAUGUUCCUGUUGCUGGAAAAUUUCACUUUACAAAACAGUGAUGUAGAGUGGACUUGUAACUGCUCAAGAAAUGUAUAACAAAAGGCCAGUCUGGUGGAAUAUUGGUUAACCAAGGAUAUUUCACCUUGACUAACUGAUGAACUAUGAGAUGCACUUGAUACA